AUGGACCGAAAACAACGUCACACAACCUUAGCUUUGGUCAUCAUCAGCAUCCUACCAAGUGUAAGCGCAAUCAUAGCAUAUGAUUGUUCCAAAGAAGCGACCAAUACCACAACCAUUUCAUUGAAAGAUGUACAAAAAUGUCCCACACCAGAGUUAACCUACGAAAGCGAAGAUAUCACGGUCCCAGUUAUCCAGAGAAAUGAAUUUCAGCGACAACACAUUUGGACCUGCCUAGUAGAAGUCACCAAAAUAAUGUUUCAUUGUGGUGUGUACAGCCACACUUCCAUUGUAGAAAAUGGAGUAUCCAAGUCAAUCCACAAGCUACGAGCAGAGGAGUGCAGAACUAAGCAUAGAUACCAGUCCCUACAGAUCUUCCGACAAACCAUUGGCAACAUAGCAAUGAACGGCACAACCACAGCAUCCAUCACGCUACAAGGACAGUUAGAUGACAAAGGAACAUGCCAAGGGGUAACUUACCAAGAAAAUGGACGACUAUGGACCGAUGUAGUAAUAGUAGCAGCAGUAUCAAUUAUGACCAGAGAUUAG